UGCGAGCAGUCGGCAAGGCGCCUGGCGCAACAGCCAGACCGGCGCCGCUGCCGCUGGCCGGGAUUCUCUGGUCCAUGCGAGACCACGGACAAUGGCUGUUAAGUGGAAAUUCAUUCGCAGGUAGCGUUCACCGGCGUCUAAGCGGCGUACCUGUUGCCGCGACCAGAUUAUGGCCGGGUGGGCCAUAAAACAGGUAACAGCCGGGCUGCCAGAGUGGGUGACAUUCCUGGAAAACCCGUGGAAAACACUUUGGCUGAAUGAAUAUAUAUAUAUAUCAAUUGCCCGCCUCGCCGGCAAAUAGCUCAGUUGAUAACUUUCCGUCCAGGCGAACAGGUCGACAUGCAGAUGCACAUGGAGUUUUCAUAUGCCUACGGCUGCGAGCCAAUCAGGAGGCCACCACCGCAACCUUCGUCACAGCAGCAGGUGUCUAACAACGGGUUUCCCGACGACUCCGAUUCCUGCUUCCGUCGCGGCUCCUACAUUGAGCUGGCCAACGGGGCCAUGCGUCGCGUGGAGGAUAUACGCACGGAGGACUUUAUCCAGUCGGCUCUGCGAAGCCAGCUCUUUGAUCUGCGGGAGGCCACAGUGGUCAGGAUCGACCGGGGAUUAUCUCCCAGCCACGUGACCAUUACCUUCAGCUAUGACACACAGCAUGCCAGGUUGGACUUGGAGGUGCUGCCGGGUCAUCCGAUGUUUGUUUACGGCCAGGGCUGGGCCUCCUGCAAUCCCCAGUUGUCGCUGCAGCUGUACGAGCUCAAGUGUCAGCAGCUGCAGGUGGGCGAUAUUUGCUUGUCGCUGGUGCCGCGCGAGCACCCCGUUGCACCACGUCCUCCUCCGCCGGCACCACCAUGUCCUCCUCCUCCACCGGUGGAAUACCCACCUCCGAUGGCAUCUCCCCCCACCGGAGGUUAUGUACCGCCCCCGUUUAAACAUCCUUACCAGGUGUACGCCCAGAUGGCCAGUUUUGUGGCAGUUUACACCCAACACAUGAUGGAAAAGCUUAACCAUUAAGGAAACUAAUAAUGUUAUCAACAUACAAAUCUAUUUGCUUAACUAUAAGGCGUAUCGGGGAUAUUUUUUUUUAGCGCUAUCCCCCGAAUACGCUGCAUAUUACAUACAAAUUUUGUAUAUUUAUAAAUGUAUUUGCUUAAUUUUCAUAAAUAAAGUUUAAAAAACAUUG